CGUAUUAGUAGGCGGCGGUUCCCCGGAAUAACUAUUUAUGCAUGUUAUUAUGCAUCUAUUCAGCUUCGUAAAUGCAUGUUAACAUUUAAAAGAGUGAAUCUAUGUACAGAACAAGUAACAAAUGUUAUACGAAUAUAACUCGUACAUACUAUCACAAAUUCUCAGUUACAUAGAUUUAAAGUAAGUGCAACAAGUAUUUGCCUUUUCCGAUUAUUACACGCUAUUAAUACGCUUCGACCUGACCCAACGUUUGCACACAUUAACGUUUCAAGUUAACACGAACAAGAAUAACGUCCACAAUGUUAUACAUUGAUGAAUCACGCUGUACAGUAAAGAAGUGCUAUUACUAACAUUAAUAAUAGUCUUUUAACGAAAGCUUUGCCAUCGGUCUUCGAAACUACGGUCGCAUUAUUUCGUAUUUCGCCCUGCUUUUCUUCGAACUUGUUGCGAUACGCCCCUGGUCGGAUCGGCGCGUCGAUACAGCGGACCAAUGAGGUUAUGAUCACGUGAAUAUCAUACAAGCAGUUCUGUUUUCGUCCGCUCCAUCUUUCAGUAAAACAUACAACAGAACCGAUGGUAUAUACGUGCGAUAGUAGCGUACUAUUUUCUCGGUCGCCGCAUUUAAAAGCUUCAGAGCCGAGAGGUCGUCUUUUACUGUAAGUACAGACAUUGUUCACUUCAAACGAACGUUUCCAACCAAAUACAGGGAUUUAUUUCUAGCUGGAAAGCAAUUGCGUUGCAUUAUUCGGUAGAAAACUUUCACUAGAAAGUUGUCGUAAAUGAAACACAAUGUCUAGUACGGAUACUGCCGAUGAAGUAGACACUAAUGAUUUCACUUUGGGCCCCCCUAAUAAAAGAAUUAAAAAGACACAUUUGUCUGUCGAAGAGAAACAGUUGAUUCUAAACAUUUAUAAAAGUUUAAGUCAAGAGAAUCCGAUCAUGUUAAUAACCGAUAUCGUUUCCAAAGCUGCAAACAUUGCAGGGGUGUGCAAAUCUACUGUAUAUAGGGUCCUUCGAGAAUACAAACGAACGAGCACGUUAUCGAUACCGAAAGAAAAGAGAACUCGCGAUACGACUAUCGAUUUAAUAGAUGAUUUAGACAAAAACACGAUCAGAAGGAAGGUGCACGAAUUUUAUAUGAAAAACGAAAUUCCUACUGCCGAGAAAGUAUUGAAAGUUGUAAACGACGACAAUGAUGUACCUAAUGUUAAUAGAGCAAUUUUGUAUAAAUUAUUGAAGAUAUUAAAUUUUCAAUACGCUCGCAGAGGUCGAAGUAGCAUGUUGUUCGAUAGAGAGGAGAUCGUAGUAUGGAGGAGGGAAUAUUUGAAAAAGAUAAAAUCGUUUAGGAAAGACGGGCGAAAGAUUUAUUAUUUGGAUGAAACUUGGAUAAAUGCCGACCCUACGAAGCGAUACGUUGUGAAAGUGGAAACAAAUUCCUCCAUGCCAGCUUCUUCGUCUGGAUUGUAUACAGGUAUGAGAAAUCCCUCUAGCACAGGGAAACGACUUAUCGUUUGCCAUAUUGGCAGCAAAGACGGUUUUCUACCAGGAGCAAUGUGGGCUUUUGAAUCCACAAAGUCUGGUGAUUUCCAGGAAGAAAUAAACGCAGUUUCUUUUGAAAAUUGGUUUCUAAAGGUUCUGGCAAAAUUAGAAAAAUAUGCCGUGAUUGUCAUGGACGACGCGCCAUAUCAUUCUAGAAAAGUUGAAAAAAUCCCGACCACCGCUACCAAAAUAGAAAAUAUUAAAAGCUGGUUAAUAUCAAAGAACAUUCAAUUCGACGAGAAUUUGUUGAAAGCAGAGCUGCUCGCGAUCGUGAAUACACUGAGAAAUAAAUACGAUGCUUACGUCGUAGAUGAAAUAGCAAGGAGGCACAAUAAAAUUGUACUUCGACUUCCGCCGUACCAUUGCGAAUUGAAUCCUAUCGAAUUGAUCUGGAUGGAAAUCAAAACUUACAUAGCUUCCUACAAUACAUCUUCAAAAUUUAACGAUAUUAAAAACUUGCUCGUAGAGGCGGUGGAUACAAUUAGUCCAAAAAAGUGGAAAAGUUCUGUCCAACACGUCGAAGAAAAAGUCGAAACAAUGAUGUGGGAACUGGACAAUAUUAUUGAAAAUAAUACUGAACCGAUUAUUAUUAACAUAAACGAAGCUAGCUCGUCGUCUGAUUUUUCAGAUGAAUCUUAG